CUCUCACAUGACUGUAACCUGCACCCACGUUUACCAAACAUUAUAUAAAUUUAAAGCUUCUCUCUCUCCAUCUCCCUGCCAAAAAAGCUUUUUCCCAUUUUCAGUACUCUCUUACUGCCACCUUCCCCCACCACCAUUUACUCCUCUACGCCUCUCUAAACUAUCCUUCCCUUUUUAAGUUUCUCCUCUCUCCUCUCCUUUUUACCCUAAGCCACCCAUCACCCAUACCUCUCCAUUCUCUAUUCUGGCUCUCCCUACCAUGGAAUCUUUUAGCUUGCUCAAGUACUGGCGAGGCGGUGGCGGCGCUCCCCUUUCCGCUGAUAAUGCCGCUUCUAACCUCCGAACUUGCACUGCGCCACCCUCUGCGACCACCACUAUAGUCACUGCCGUCACUGAACAUGAAAUGGAAACCGACGCCGAAGAUGGAGACGACGACGACGGCCCCUUUUUUGACCUGGAGUUUGCCGUUCCCGACGAAGACGAAGAGGAGGGAGAUGAAAUCAAGAACAACAAACAGGAAGAAGACGAUGUCAGUGAGGAAGAUGUCGAAUCCGACGCUACACAGGACGACGAACGCGAGUUUAACUUCACGCUUUCAUCCGGCUCCAGCAACGACCGUGCGGACUCCAAUCUUCCCCUUUCCCCUUCAGAUGACCUGUUCUUUAAAGGUAGACUGGUUCCUAUUGAGCCCUCGUUGAAUGCUGCGGACUUAAGCACCAAGCCUCAGUUCCCUGUUUCGCUGUUGAAAUCCGCCACCAAGUUUCGGGUCUUCAUGUUGGGUUUCAAGAAAUCGAAGCCGCCACAAACCGGAAACGACAAAACAGAGGCUGCCGGCGCCGGCGACACUCCCAAAAAGGGAGGAGAGGCAAACAAACAUCAGCGUAAUUUGUUCACCGUGAAGUUCAAGGUGGAGGAGGUACCUAUAGUGUCCCUAUUCACCAGAGACAGCAGCUCUAGAAAUUCCACAAACAAGCAGAAACAGAACGGGGAGGAACCAGUCUCCGACGAGAAGCGGUUCUCGAAGGAUGUGAUGCACAAGUAUCUGAAGAAAAUGAAGCCGUUAUACGUUCGCGUUUCGAGGAGGUACGGCGAGAAAUUGAGGUUCUCUGGCCAGUUAAGCUUCGGGUCUGGCACAACAUCAUUGUCUUCAUCAUCAUCUGUGGGGAAAUCAGGAGGGGAGAAGGGGGAAUCGGAGGGGGAGAAGGGGGAGAGUCAAGUGAGAAGUCAGAAACAGGGAAAUAUUCCGGCAGGACUGAGGGUGGUGUGCAAACAUUUGGGGAAAAGUCGAUCGGCUUCAUCUGCAGCUGUAGCGGCGGCUCCGUCGGCACCGGUUGUGUCAAGGAGGCGCGACGAUUCGCUGCUGCAGCAGCAGGAUGGGAUCCAAGGCGCCAUUUUGCACUGCAAGAGAUCCUUCAAUUCGUCUCGAGAGUCUGAGGCAUCAGUUUUACCAAGAUCAGUGAGCGAUCCAUGUCAUGAAAAAUCGACGGAAUCGAGUAGGAAAUAAUCAGAAAAGGGAAAGUUGUGAGAGAAAAUUAGGAA